AUGCAGUCCAUCAGAGACUUGAAGUCCAACUUCAGUGGCCCUCCUCCUUCCUCCACGCCUGCCGGUCCUGAUGCGUAUCUGCAGAGCAACAUCAGGAUGAAUCUGGAAGACCCUGAACUCUGGAAGACCUUUCAUGAGAUCGGGACAGAGAUGAUUAUCACUAAAUCGGGCAGGAGAAUGUUUCCACACUGUAAAGUGAACAUAUCGGGGCUUAUUCCAUGCGCCAAAUAUAUCUUACUGGUUGACAUGGUUCCAGAGGACGGAUUCAGGUAUAAGUGGAAUAAAGAAAAGUGGGAGGUGGCAGGAAAAGCGGAGCCUCAGCCUCCCUGCAGGACCUACCUCCACCCGGACUCUCCGGCCCCGGGGAGCCACUGGAUGAAGCAGUCCGUCUCCUUCCUCAAGCUCAAGCUCACCAACAAUACGCUUGACCAGCAUGGACACAUCAUUUUGCACUCAAUGCAUCGCUACCACCCGCGCUUCCACAUCGUCCAGGCCGACGACCUCUUCAGUGUCCGCUGGAGUGUUUUUCAGACUUUCACGUUCCCCGAGACGUCCUUCACUGCGGUCACGGCGUACCAGAAUACCAAGAUCACAAAACUGAAGAUCGACCACAACCCGUUUGCCAAAGGGUUCCGGGAUGAGGGAACUAAUAAGAAAAGACGUGCAAACAAGAACCCAGCAUGCCUGGAAAAAAGGAGCAAGACGUCGGACAUGUUGAGCAAAGACUGCGAGGAGGACAGAGCGUCAGAGUUCUGCCCCUCAUCGUUUGAGGGCUUCGAGGAGGAGGAAGUGGAGCUGCCCAAAAAGAAAGUCGGGGACGCCAUUAAGGAGGAGCGUUACUCCCCUUGGGGAGCCGAGCGGGAGAACAACGUGGCGACCAGCUCUCCUGCCGGGGCGGACGCCAGAGAGAUGUACAACACGGAGCAGCUGGUUCCCACUCCGGCCUCUUACCAGCCAUACAAGUUUCACGAGUACGGGAAGUCUCCGUCUCCCUCCUCCAGCGUCGGCAGCAGCGCCAGCGGGUCGGGCCGCAGCAGCUUCGAGUCCCGGGCUCCAGACGUCGCCACCGUGCCCGACCACGAGUCGUCCAAGCUCCGCGCGCACGAGAUCGGCCCGUCCCACUGCGGCCCCCAGGCCCUGCCCGGUCCCCAGGAGUACAGCGGGGUGCUCAACAUGUCCGUGGCCCAGAGCGGGAAGCCGGGGGUGAUCGGCCACCACAUCUACGGCCCCUACAGCUCCGAGCAGCACCUGGGCCAGUGGAGCGGCCCCGGGCCGGCCCAGUACCCCCCGCCUCCCCACCUCACCGCCGACUACACCACGCAGGCGGUGCACCAUGGGUAUCACCACGGCAACGUGGCCGAGUGGAGCCAGUAUCCUCUGUUUUCUUACUCCUGCUGGUGA